GCGGCAGCUCAGCAUCGGGCGCGCGAGGCUUUUAAUCAGCAGCUUAAGGAAGUGACAGAAAAUGCUCAGAAAGGGAAGCCGCAGAAUGGGGAAGUCAACGGGCGGCUGGCGAGCGCCGCAAGGAAAGGGGAAGGCGGGCGAGGGGAAGGAGCUGAGGAGACGGUGCAGACGUGGGGUUGUCAGAAACGGGCGGAGGACGGUGGAAGUGCUCAUCGGCCAGCACAGGAGCAAUUGGCUGCGGUGACACUGGGAGCACCGGGGAAGCCGGCUGAGUGCAAGGAGGACCCGGAGGAUGUGAUGGAGCACGACAAGCCUCAUCGUUAAUAAUGCAGCUGAGCCGUGUCGGAAGUUAAGAAAAUGAACUGCGUGCUGGAAGGAAAAGCCUUUCGAAGCGACGCCCUGGGGAGCGAGACACUGGCUGCGAAUGACCUGUUCCCAGAUCGAGGGACCAGCCUGCGGCACUCACAGAUUCCCAGGGGUCAUGUUCGCAGCAGAAGCUGUGCUGAGCUUGGAAGCACUGAAAAGCCCGUGGGUGGGUUUGACGGGCUGCACCCCGGCCGGAGCCCUGGCUGGAGUCAGGGGAGGGAUCCCUGCUUCCUGAUCGGCGAAGAUGACAGAGUCUACGAGGGCAGAGGUUGGAGCACCAUGGGGGCCCAUGCCAAGAACUGGAAAAAUAAGUCACUGGGAAUCAGCUUCCUGGGCAGCUUCUCCAAAACAGCCCCUGACAACACCACCCUGACCGUUGCCAAGAGCCUGAUCCAAUGUGCUGUCUCCGGGGGCUUCCUGAGUGAAAGCUACACCCUGAAGGGGCAUCGCGACGUGAAGUCAACCCAAUGCCCUGGGGACGCCCUCUACGAGGCCAUAAGCCAGUGGCCUGAGUUCGAAGCCUGAGUCCCUGCAGCCUCGGGGCAGCCCCUGCACCCAUCGCUGACCCCGCCCACAGCUUCUGCCUGCUCGAGCAGCACCUCUGCCGCCCAGCAGGGGGCAGCCUCCCGCUUCUCGCCCACCUGCUUCCUCCUAGGGCCCGGAGAGCAGGGCUCUGAGAGUUGGGGUUACGCUCCCGUCUCCCCUGGGCUCUGCUGCCCCCCCGCCCCGGGGCUCAGAUUUCUAAUGGCACCUGGGAGCCACCUGCCUCCCCCAGGCUGCUUCCUUUGGCAGAUGCCAGGCCUAGCCCCUCGCUCCCGCCCGCAAUGGGCAUGUCAGCUUAGCCCGGGUCCACACACAGCCAGGCCCAGGGUCUUACAGCGUCCAGGGGGGUGGGGCCAAGCCUCAGCCGAGCUCUGUGGCGAUGGCCCUGCCAAUCCCUGGGCAGCUCAGGAAACGUCGCCUCCAUUCCCGUGUGAAACGUCUGAGCAAUUAUCAAUUCCAGAGUCAAAUCCGCCUCUGCCCCCAGCCCCCCUGAGAUCUGCAGCGAAGGUUUCAUCUGGAAUCCCCCAGAAAUCGGUCGCUAUUUAACCCCCCCACAAAGGGAACCCAAGUGUCCCCGAGCCCUGACACUCGGCUCUGCCUGGCCCCCGCAGGGUCUGGCUAUCAAAGCUUUCAGCCCUCGACCCUUUCGCCCCGACAAUCCAUUCCCGUGAGCCUCUCUCACCGAGGGGGGCAAAGUGUUUGGAUCUUCACACAGCAGGUGCCUGGGAAGUACCCGUCGGGUGGGUCACAGAGUCCCACAAAGGGGUUUUUAAUUCAAGUGCAAUUUGCCUUUAACCCAGCGCCCCUGCGGCUUAGCGCUUGCUUUGCUUGGGAGCUACUGAGCAGUGAAAAUAAACCAGCUUCUAGCACAUGAAAA